ACCUCUUUCUGUUGGGAGGGUGAGCAGUCUCCUUCCACUUGUUAGAGGCUUGGUCACAUAGAGGAGGGGGCUCUAAUACUUUGUCUGCUCUUCAUCCAAACACUUGAUAGCAGAAUUCCAGACUGCAAAACUGAAGCCUAGCCAGCUAGAGACGUGCAUGCGAUUUAACAAAAAAUGGCUCAUUGGCGUCACCUGAUCAUUUUAUGCCUGGUGAUAUAUGCAAGAGAAGUACUCACUCAGAAUUCAACAGCUUCAAAUUCCCCGAAUGUCACAGUUUUACCUCCUGGUUGUGGUCAAGAUGUGAAGUGGAUUUUCUUUUUCUUAUGCGAUUUGGAAGCUGCCUGGGGUAUUAUCCUAGAAUCUGUGGCAGCUUUGGGUAUUUUUGUUACACUAAUCUUAAUAUUACUAUGUAUAGCCCUUUCUGCUUCAGUUUCUCAAGAUGAACGCAAAGGUGCCUUAGCUCUAAAUUUUCUUUUUCUUACUGGAGUUUUUGGAUUAUUUUCUUUAGUGUUUGCCUUUAUCAUCGCACCUAAUUCCACAGUCUGCAUAAUCCGCAGAUUUUUGUUUGGAGUGUUAUUUGCCAAAUGUUUUGCAUGCCUUGUGGCAAAUUCAGUAAGGCUCAACUACCUCGUACUUCAGAAUCGUGGCCCCGGAGGAUGCUUGGUCUUUCUGCUGGCUAUUGGACUUUUCAUGGUAGAGACGGUGAUAAAUGUGGAAUGGCUUCUCAUUACCAAUGUACGCCAAACUCAGCAAAAUACUGAUAAUCCAUGUAACAUUACUAACCAGGACUUUGUGACGGCAUUAGUCUACGUUAUGUUCCUGAUAGUGGCAUCAUUGGUGAUCCCUUGCUCAGUGCUCCGUGGACACUAUUUACAAUGGAGGCGUCAUGGAAAACAUAUUGUAUCUACUGCAUUGCUGUCUCUUCUUAUCUGGGUGGCCUGGAUUGUGAUGUAUCUGUAUGGCAAUGAGAAGUUAGGCCACAAAUCUUGGGAUGAUCCAGUUUUGGCCAUAGCUUUGGCAUCAAACGCUUGGGUGUUCCUCGUGUUCUAUGCCAUCCCGCAGCUUGUAGAGAUGACAAGGUCUGGAUACAAACAUGAAGGAGACAGACUGAACAUCCUGAAUCGACAUUCUGAUGAGUCUCCCUCUAUUGUAAUGGAAAACCGGGCAUUCUCUAUGGAUAACCUGAAUUUUGCUGAGCCAGACAGCUCUAGAAGAGAACAAAACAAGCCCGUUUCUCCAUACAGUAACUACACUGGACUCUAUCCCACUCUGCCAUUGCAUCCUGUGGACAUGGAUGCUGUGAAUCACAUACCUGUACAUCUACCACGGAUUUCAAUGGAGCCUUGGAGAUACCAUCUUUGAAUCUCUGACACAUUGACAGCGCAGCCCUCCAGCCUGACUAGAAGACCCUGAUAAAGUUCAGUUGGGCAGAGUUCAGAACAAGACAUAUAGGUGUGAAGAAUCUGAUCUAACCCUACGGGAAGCAGACAAAACAAAUUGUAUCUCAAGUCAUCCCAGCAAUUCUUCUUUUGCAGUGCUAUGAAUAUUUGAACAGGCUACAUUAUAAUUUAAUCAUUCUUGGUCUGAUUUACUAUGUUUUCCACUUGCCAGACAGCUCCCCGGAGCCUUAAUUAACUAACCUGUUAACAAUUCCGAAGGACAAAUGUUUGCUUGGAGUGCAACGAGUAGCAAACAUCUGCUCUUUAUUGGUCGGUAAUUCUGACACUUAGGUGUUUUGUAAAGGAAAAGUCAUACUAUGACUGUGUAUAUUCUUAUCAAACCAAAGAAAAUUUGUAUUAAAAUCUUACAUAGAAGAGA